AUGGUGAUCGAUAUCCUUCUACAAGUAUUCUUGAUCUUGCUUUCCGUCUUCCUAUAUCUGUAUAUACAUGAAAUCCCCCAAAAAGUUCUAGCCAAAGUGCGGCAGCAUCGGAACCGCCCCGCCGUCGAGGCCAAGCGCCACUUCGUGAUCGGUGCCCAGAUCCUAUCGCAGGCUAGAUCCCCUUCCAAUUCUCGCUCUAGUGCCGUCUCCUUGGCCAAAAAAGCCGAAGAGGAAGCCACCAAAUCCAUCUCACUCAAUCCCAAGGACGCCGCGCCUCACAUUCUCAAAGCAUUAGCUCUCGAUCUUCAAGGAUUCAAGCCCUCCGCUCUAGACUCGCUAGACGUGGCUCUCUCUCCGUUGGCCGUUAAGUCGCUGAGCGAGAAAGAGAAGGGGGAUGCGCUGUAUAAGAGAGCUGAGUUGGUGAUGGGAAUGAAUAAACGGGGGCGAGUUGACUCGGUGAUUGAGGAUCUAACUCAGGCAGCGAAGCUGAAUCAGGAGAACGCAAAUGCGUAUCGUUUGUUAGGCGAGUGCUAUGAGGCUAAGAAUAUGAUGGAAGAAGCUAAAAGUGCUUACGAGGAGGCUCUGAGGGUGCAGCCCGAAUUGGCUUCAGCCAAGGAAGCGCUGGGUCGGCUGGGCUCAUAUCGAAAAGGAGGUUUAUGUGAUGUUAAAGGAGGGAGGAGGCACCAAAGUCUAGAUGCAAAGCUAGAGAUUGUUUAA